UCUGCAUGCCCCGUUAUCCACUGGGCCAUGGGUGACUGCUACGCCUACACAAGGAACUAUAUUACAACAAAUGUCCCACCAAUUCUUCUUGUGGGACAUUGUUCCAUUGUUUUCUCACUCAACCACAUGGAUGGAUAUUGGGGGCUUUGAGGUUGUGUUCACAAUAUAAGAAUCCAUUUUAUUUCGUGUGACAUACAUUAAUUCUGCUUCUUUUUUCCUUCCUCCUAUUUGAAGUGCUGCACUGUGGAGAUCAGAGAUCCUGAGGGAGAGAAUCCCUCUCAGGAGCUAUUUUUCAGGAGGAUCCCUUGGGAAGAUCAAAGUCAGGACAGCUCAGGAGAGAAACAAAGAAUGAAGCUUUCUGGUUUUUAUGAUGGACAUCAAACAGCGGCUGAACCUCCAAGCCAAGGGAGUCUUAUGACCUUCGAGGACGUGGCUGUGUCUUUCUCUGAGGAGGAAUGGUCUCAGCUGGAUCCUGACCAAAAAAUACUCCAUUCUGAAGUCAUGUUUGAAAACCAUAGGAAUGUGGUCUCUCUGGGUAAUAAUGGGCAGGAGAAACAAGAUUCCUGUGAACUGUUCCAAGUGCUCAAUACUAAAGAUGGAACUGAGAAGUUUGGAAUUCAAAUGGAAAUUGAAACCCAUGACAGAAACCAGUUGAAGAAUUGGAAUCAGGAAAGCUCAUGUUUCACUGAUACUCCGAUGCAAGACUUUUUUGCCCAACAAGAGAAAAUAAGGAAAAAAUAUAUUGGAAAAAAUGUGAAUCUAAUCAAAGCUAAAGUACAAGUAAAUGAACACUAUUUAACCCAAAACAAAGGAGAAGAUGCUAUAAGAAGACACAACGGACAAAAUUACAAUGGAACAAUCAUUCUUUUUCUUGAAAAAACCAUCCUUACAUCUCAAAAAGUGAUUGACACAAAAGUGAAGUCUUAUAAAUGUUUGGAAUGUGGAAAAUGUUUUAGAAGAAGUGCGCAAGUUACUAUCCAUAAAAGGAUCCACACAGGGGAGAAACCAUUUAAAUGCAUGGAGUGUGGAAAGAGUUUUUCUCAAAGAGGUAAUCUUACCACCCAUAAGAUGAUCCACAAAGGGGAGAAACCAUUUAAAUGCAUGGAAUGUGGAAAGAGUUUUGCUCAAAGAGGUAAUCUUACCACCCAUAAGAUGAUCCACACAGGGGAGAAACCAUAUAAAUGCAUGGAAUGUGGAAAGAGUUUUGCUCAGAAUAGUGGUCUUAUUUCUCAUAAAAGGAUCCACCCUCGGGAGAAACUAUAUAGCAAUAGCAAUUCCACUUAGACUUAUAUACCACUCCAAAAUGUUUUAUCAUACUCUGAGAGCAGUCUACAUAUUGUCAGCAUAUUGUCCUCAACAAUCUGGGUCCUCAUUUUGGUGAUCUCAGAAGAAUGAAAGACUGAAUCAACCAUGAGCUGGUCAGGAUCGAACUCCUAGCUGUGGGCAAUUAGCCUGUAGUACUGCGUUCUAAUCACUGACGCACCAUGUCUCUAUAGAUUUGUGUGUUUAUGCAUAUUGUGCCUUUCUGAUCCAAAUGAAAGAAGGU